AUGGCGAAAUCCAAGGCCGAACGCAAGGCCGCAAUGGACCGAUUCCGCUCGGCAAAGCGCAAACGAGAAAUGGGAGAAGACGAUGACAUUUUUGAAGCCAACAUGAAGGAAGAGGACGACGUUUACGACGUGGUCGACGAAGAGGAAUACGCGAAUUUGGUCAACUCGCGUCGGCAACGAGAAGACUUUGUAGUCGAUGACGACGGACUUGGUUAUUACGAUGAUGGGGAAGAACGAUUGGGCGACGAAGAGCACGGCAACCAACGUGUCAAGAAGCGCAACGGAAGUGCCGCUUUGACCACUGCCGCUCUCAAGAAAGCACGAAAGCAACGAGCUGCUCUCGAAGCGAAUGCCGCAGCGGCAGCCGCCCAGGUGCAAGAAAUUACCUCGACCAACAGAUCCAUGUGGGACUUUGUGCAACAAGGAACUUCGGCGGGACGCAAAUCUUCUUCGGCCAAGCGUAGCAGUGCUUCACGAUCGGCGUCUUCCAAUUUGGAUGCCAUGUUGGGAGAAUUGGAUGACUUGACCCCGACUCGAGUCAGCUCGUCUUCGGUUCGUGGAAGCAACCGUCCAGCCCAACGUCGUCAGUUCCGGACUUCCAAUGCUGCGGCGAGACGCUGCGGCGUUCGCACUUCUGUGUCCCGCAGUCGGGCUCCUGUCCGAUCUCAUCAUCAUCGAGCUAGAGACGAACCAAUGCAGGAUCAUGCAACAAAUGAAGACGAUGAAGACGAUGAACCAAUUGACUCUGGAUUUGGAGACGACUUUGGCAAUGACGAUGACGACGAUCACAUGAUGGAACCAGAUGAGAAUGGGUCCUCUCCUACCAUCAAGCAAGAGACAUCUCCUGAUAACAACAACCGAACCAGCGAAACCAACGAUAGUGCCACUGGUGACAGCUCCAAUUCCAAGACUCCUCUAGACGACGGGCAGCUUUCCAGUGCCGAACCAGUGACUCCUGAGGAGGCAAAUCAACCUACACCUUCUAUUCGUAAGCGUUUGGCUCCUCGACGAUUGCUUCAGAACCGAUCCGCUGCCGCUAAAAAAGCAGCCGAGUCCAAGAAAGCGUCCAUGGAUCCCACCACUAAUCAGCAGACGAAUAACAAGCAUUCCACCACUUCAGCUCCUGCGAUUGAUUUUUCUUCGAGUUCCUUUGCACAGGCUCAAGAAAUUGCAGCCGAAUCCGCCAAUACCGUUUCUCCUGCCUCCAAGGAUUUGGAUUCUUAUAUUGUUCAAAAAGAGGACGAACGCUAUUUGGAUAUUUUUUGGAUGGAUGCCAAGGAAGUCCGGGGGGACAUUCACUUGUACGGAAAGGUGGCAUCCAAACAAGAGGACCAAAGCAAAUCACAGGAAUUUGUUAGUUGCUGUGUUGUGGUUAAGGGCAAUUUGCGCAACUUGUUUGUCUUGCCGCGCAAGAAUGCAGAGGGAGAUUAUGUUGGCAUGGAACACGUCCACGGGGAAAUGAAGAAUAUCUUGCAGCCUUCCUGCAUCCCCAAGAUUGCAGGAGCUACUUGGGGUGGCAAGAUGGUGGAACGCGAAUAUGCCUUUGAAGAUCCCGAUGUUCCGAGAGAAAAGACCAAAUAUCUCAAGGUGGUAUACGAUGCCAAGCAUCCGUCGCCUCAAGAAGAUAUCUGUCACAAUGGAGGAGAAUAUGUCCACAAGAUUUUGAAUGCCAAGGCCACCAUUUUGGAAACCUUUAUCCUCAAGCGCCAUCUGAUGGGUCCGUGUUGGAUUCGCAUUCAAGAUCCGCAACCCAACCGUAUUGGUCAAAUUUCAUGGUGUGGCUUGGAAGUCGAAGUGGAUUCCCCCAAGAAACUCAAGCGAUUGGACAUGGUGGUGCCACCUGGAACUCCUCCUCGUCCUUCCCCAACAGUUGUUGCUGUGACUUUGAAGCUCAAGACUAUUGUCAACCAGUCAACUCACAAGAACGAAAUCGUCUCAGUCAGCGCCGUCUGCCACAAGAAGGUCUUUUUGGAUUCUGCCACGGAUCAAUCGUCGGGACACAUGACGCAAGUGUCCUUGAUUCGUCCCAUUCAUUUGGAGGAUCAAGAUACUUCGACUAUGGCACAAUUCCCUAGAGAUAUGGAUCAAGAGAUUGCCGCCAAGAUGCCACAACUCAAACAAAUGGCGAACGAACGCAUGUUGUUGAGUUACCUCACUACGCAAUUGGGUAAUUGGGAUCCCGAUGUCAUUGUGGGUCAUAAUGCUUGGGGGCACGACAUUCAAGUCUUGCUGUCGCGAUGUGUGGAACUCAAGAUCAAACAAUGGUCCAAGUUUGGUCGUCAUAAAAAGAUUGAGUUGCCCAACCGAUCUCAUUUCAACUCGGGCAAGGAAUGGGCCUUUCGCGAUGCACUCUCGGGACGUUUGUUGUGCGAUACCUAUUUGGGUGCCAAGGAGCACUUGCGUGAAACAACCUACUCGCUCAAGAACUUGGCCGAAACUCAGCUCAAGACUACUCGGCAGGAAAUCGAGCCUAUGGAUACUCCACAAUACUUUCGAACGAGCAAGACUAUUGUUGGUUUGGCAUUGCAUACCUUGAACGAUGCUCAAUUGGUUCAAAAGCUCAUGUUCAAGUUGCAGCUCCUUCCAUUGACCAAGCAACUCACCAACAUUGCCGGAAACAUCUGGUCGAGUACAAUGAGGAGUAAUCGAGCUGAGAGGACAGAGUACUUGCUACUACAUGAAUUUCACCGACUCAAGUUCUUGGUGCCGGAGAAGUACCGUAACAAGAGAGAAGAGGGUGGUGGAAAAGCCAAGUAUUCUGGAGGUCUCGUGUUGGAGCCAAAGAAGGGUCUCUACGAUACCUAUAUUCUAUUGUUGGAUUUCAACAGUUUGUAUCCUUCGUUGAUCCAAGAGUACAAUCUGUGCUUUACAACUGUCAAUGAUUGGGCGCGCUUCCAUCGACAGCAAAUGAUGAAGCAUAAGGAACCAGGGGACGCCAAUGGCGAAGACAAUCUUCCUCCUUUGCCCGAAGAAACCAACCAACGUGGCGUUUUGCCCAAGGUCAUUAAAAGUCUGGUCGAACGUCGUCGUCAAGUCAAGCGAUUGAUGAAGUCUGAAUCUAACCCUGACAGGCACGAAGAGCUUGACAUCAAACAGAAAGCUUUCAAGUUGACUGCCAACUCAAUGUAUGGUUGUCUUGGUUUCUCGCAUUCUCGUUUCUAUGCACAACCAAUUGCUGCCAUGGUAACUUCCAUGGGACGUCAAACUCUUCAGAGAACAGUCGACAUUGCGCAAACAACUGUGGGGCUGGAAGUGGUAUAUGGUGAUACCGAUAGUAUCAUGAUCAACACCCGAAUCAGUGAUGCCAACGGACUCGGUACCGUCAUGAAGCUUGGAGAGCAGGUAAAGAAGGAAGUGAACAAGCUGUACAAGACUCUGGAAUUGGAGAUUGAUGGUGUCUUCAAGACCAUGUUGCUUCUGAAGAAGAAAAAGUACGCAGCUAUCACUGCCGAGUUGAAGAAAAACGGCGAGAUCAGUUACGGGCGAGAGGAAAAGGGUCUCGAUUUGGUUCGGCGUGAUUGGUGUGUCCAAUCGAAGGACACUGGACGAUACAUUCUCGAUCAAAUUCUCAAUACUGCCCAAGAGAAGGAAGUUUCUGUUGAGCGAAUUCUAACACACCUCGAAGAACUCGCCCAAAAGAUGAGGGAUGGGCAGCUACCAUUGGAGAAAUAUACCAUUACAAAGGGGCUGAGCAAGCACCCCAGCGACUACCCGGAUGGAAAGGCUCUUCCACAUGUCCAUGUCGCCAAGAUGAUGAUCAAGAACAAUAGAAGACUCACAGUUGGAGAUCACAUUCCUUACAUUAUUACAGAACCACUCGAAAAUACUGACGAGAAAGAGAAGUCAAAGUCGGCAACUGAGCGGGCCCGCCAUCCCGAUGAAAUUGCAAGAAGUAAUGGUGCUUUGAAGCCAGACAUUGAGUGGUACCUCACACAACAAAUUCUACCACCUGUUGGACGUCUUUGCGAACCAAUCGAAGGCCUUUCGCAGGGACUGAUUGCACAACGGCUUGGUCUUGAUUCUGCAAAAUAUCAGCAGCGAAGCGUCUUCGGAGGCGAUGAUCUCGACGAUGAUCAGCUAGUUAACUACGUUCCAGAGUCAUUCAAGAGUGACGAGGAACGUUUCCAGAGUGUUCGAAAGUUGACAAUCCCAUGCUUAUCUUGUGGAACAGAUAGUGAAUUCAAGGGCGUCUUGUAUGUCCAUAAGACUGAUCAAGGGACGGGGACGAUUGCCAGCGGUUUCCAGUGCAGUGACCCCGCCUGCCAAAACCCAAGAUAUUGGGGCAGCGCGACUCCAUUUGAGUGCAUGUCGCGCAUCAUGAAUGCUAUGACGAUGCUGAAACGAGACGUGCUUCAAGACUACUACAAGGGUGAGCUGAGAUGUGACGAUCCUCUCUGUGGUUUGGUGACUCGCCAAGUUUCCGUCUGCGGUGGUGUCUGUCUCAAUCGAGGAUGUAUUGGUCGUAUGAACCCAUUAGUUGAUGAACGAUCGGUGCAAAACCAACUCAAGUAUUUGGAAUGCAUUUUCGAUACCGACCAUACCUGCCGACAGCUUGAAACCAAGGGGACUUUUGGCAACAAGCAAGAGUUGGAUAAAUACAUCUCCAAACAAGACCGUAUCAUGACAAACGAACUUCAUCACAUUGCGAAGGAAAACGUCGAUGAAUGUGCUUACAACUGGAUUGCACCUUCAUUCUGGCAAUCAAUGUUUGGGCCUAUUGCUGCAAAGAAACAGUAA